AUGCGCAAACUUUCGGCAAAGCUCAAAGAGCUUACUAGCCGAGGCGAGGCUGCUAAAGGCCCCGUAAAAGCCAAAGAUGAGCUGGUCGAGAAGGCUGAAAACCUUAAGAAACUGGAGCCUAAGGUGCAGUAUGGGGAUAAGACUAGCCUGAAUCCCAUACCCCCUGUAAAAGACCAGAUUCUCGCCGAGGAAUCUGUGAUACCGAAAAUUUCAGUCGAAACUGUAGUCUACGCGCCGAUUCGUCCCGGACCAUCGUCGGAGACCCCCUCAAAGGAGUCCGCAGAAAAGUCAAUUUCGCGCCGCGCUGUCGGAGCUCCUACACCUUCCAGCCAACCGGAAGUCCAUAAAAAGGGGAGCUCGUCCGAUUUGAGACAACCGAGUCUUGGACUUCCGCGAUAUCCUCGACCAUCUCAAAGCAACCCUUCCCUGCGCUCUCCGUCGGCUCUUCAAAAUGUCCAGGAGCCAAUAAGAUACAGAGCUUCACCGCAAUCCAGUCCGUCUGCUGCGAUGCCUUUAAUGUUGCCAUCGGAUUCAGUCGAACCCAUGAAGAAGCCUGAGCUCUUUAAUGUCGUAACGGCAUUAAACGAACCUACGUUGUCGCCAGACUCGAGUGGUCGCAAACCGAUGCGCAAGAUCUCAAGAGAUGUCGAUGCGAGCGCACUUAGUGAUAUUGGCGAGUCGGUGGAACAUAUGACUGCAGAGCAGAUAGCCCAAGUCAACGAGGCCCUCUCUCGUUUCCCUAGGAACUACAGCCUGGCCACCCCUUCAACCGAUACUAUCUGGCGAGCCGCUCCUAUAUCUUCGCGACAUUACAACUGUUAUGUUCGUCACGAUAAAUGGGUACCAGUUAAGAACUUGAACUACCCAUUAGCUUGUCAGACAUGUAGUGUUGAGGACUCAGGCUCGCGUAAGACCUGCUCGUGGUGCAAUCUGCGCAUUUGCUUCGGGUGUCAUGAACGACUCAUGGGGAUUUAUAAGUCGGACCUUAAGUUACUGAUGGAUAAUAUGGAAGUUGAUCAGCGCCGCGAGAAAGGGAAGCAAGCAGCAAGCAACUAA